UCGCGGUUGGCCUUUGGCGUUGUUCUCGGUGUGCUCGCUCCUUGGGGCUAGGAAAGAGGCUUUAGAGAAACCCUUUUUCUUCACCGAAAUCAUCCAACGCCCAUCGCGUGGCCCGUGGGCUGCUCUGCAAAGCUCCAAACGUGCACCGGUUCGUGGCCGGCAGCCCGGCAGGAUUACCAUCGUCCUCCAACGAAGGAUUGCCCGGAACGUGGUUGUUAAAGUGCACUUAACACAGUCGAGUGUGGUGAAAAUAGUAUUCACACAACAACGUCAGUGCAGAAAAGUGCACCAAGGGAUCUGACACACACAAACACCAUUUAAAAUGGCACCAAACGCAACGGUCGAAGCGACGGGCGUGUUGAACGAGGUGGACGCCGAAACUAUUGACGGUGGACUGGCCAAGGACGUGACACCGUUGAAGCGAGCCGAGAAGCGCAAGAUCAAGCUGGUCUGGAGGAACGUGAUUGCUUUCGGGUACCUACAUUUGGCCGCCGUUUACGGCGCGUGGCUGAUGUUGACAUCCGCUCGCCUGUACACGAUCGCAUUUGCAUUUAUUCUGUACGUAAUGUCCGGCCUGGGCAUCACGGCCGGUGCCCAUCGAUUGUGGGCCCACCGAUCGUACAAAGCUAAGCUGCCGCUUCGCAUCAUACUGGCCGUGUUCAACACGAUCGCUUUCCAGGACUGUGCGCUACACUGGGCCCGUGACCACCGGGUGCACCACAAGUACUCGGAAACCGAUGCCGACCCGCACAACGCGACUCGUGGCUUCUUCUUUUCGCACAUCGGCUGGCUGUUGUGUCGCAAACAUCCGGAAGUAAUUGCCAAGGGUAAGCAGCUUGACAUCAGUGACCUGGAGAGCGAUCCCGUCCUGCGUUUCCAGCGCAAACAUUACAUGAUUCUGAUGCCGCUGGCCUGCUUCGUGUUGCCGACAAUCGCUCCGGUGUACUUCUGGAACGAAACUUGGACCAAUGCCUGGUUUGUUGCGACCCUGUUCCGCUGGACAUUCAUUUUGAACGUGACCUGGCUGGUGAACAGCGCUGCCCACAAGUGGGGCGAUAAGCCGUACGACAAGAGCAUUUCGCCAUCGGAGAACCGUACGGUGGCGUCGUUCGCAUUCGGCGAAGGAUGGCACAACUAUCAUCAUGUGUUCCCGUGGGAUUACAAAACGGCCGAGCUGGGCAACUAUCGGAUGAACAUGACUACGGCAUUCAUUGAUUUCUUCUCCAAAAUCGGCUGGGCGUACGACCUGAAGACGGUUUCGAACGAGAUCGUGGAGAAGCGUGUCAAGCGCACCGGCGACGGUAGCCAUCCGACAUGGGGCUGGGGUGAUAAGGAUCAGGAUCAGUACGAGAUCAAGCACGCCACCAUCAUCAACCAAAAAGAGGACUAAGUCGGGCGAGGAAGUGGAUAAGAGUGUUGCCACCAUCGCAAAAACAUACAUCAUUCACCAAUUUGCUGGAUUAACCUUCCUUUGUUCCGUAACCACACCCAAAUGGAAGUUCUAAGCAGAGAUUACAAAAUGUCGCACCGGCAUCCGUUGAUGAAGAAAGGGCUGAUGCUUCGUGUGAUAGGAAAGAAUUCGAAUGAUACAAAAGAGUAAACUCCUCUGAAUGUAAGAUGAUCGAAUGGGUAAGAAAAAAGGGAAAAUAGAGGCAUAUUCGCAGGAAGAAUAUAUGGAGAGUGUGGUGACUUCAAAGAACAGACUACGAGUUAUAGUGGAUGAGCCAAGACAAGUCAUACUGAUAACAUCCGCCACCUAAUGAACAAAAGUAGUUUACUCAUGAGCACGAGAAGCAUUAUUAAUGUAGAUUUUUGUUUAAGGAAUUCGAAAUUUUGCUGAGGACGCAUUCCACCGGAAUACGACACAGGGUCGUGAUCCGGUGUCUUCGGAGAAGGAGAGAGAGAGGGCAAUGCAAAGUGAUGAAAGCGAUAGAUUGAUGGGAGUACAAUGAAAAGAGAGGUUUUUGAAACAGGAUAUAUAUAGGUUAGAUCAGGCGUCCCAGUAAGUGAUAUAAAAAGAAACCCACUCCGACGGAUGAUAAUUCGCGGGCCGUUCUACGUAAACGUAAGGUUCGGUGCCAAAAACAUCGAUGUGCGGUUUAGGACAGGCUGUAGUUUGUUACAAAAGAAGGGCAGAGCUCCUCACAAAAUUGAAUAAGAUGUGUGCAUGCAAAUAUGUAUUUUUUUUACUCAAUUUUCAGUCCCGCUUUGACUGAUUUCCGGUGGCCAACCACCAUUGUGCCGCAUUCAACCGGGGACAAAUACGAAUUUUUCCGUAUGGUCAGGGUUUGUGUAGACCUUAGAAGGUGUGUGGGGACAAGCAAGGAGACCAGCGUGUACGCACCGAAGUGUUGCUCCGUUGUUAGAUAAGUUAGUAAUUUAUUGUUUUCCGGUUGUUCUUCGUUACUUAGCGCACUUUCUAACAGUUGCCGGCAGAUAAUAAUUUCCAGUAGUCAUUGGUGAGACAAAGAGUCGCGAGCGAUUCAUUACGACGGAGGGUCUCCGUGGUUGCAAUUCAGUUUGAAGUUUGAAUAAUGUUUUGUCAUUUUAUUGCCAAGAGGCGCACUGUUCCCGGUUUCGGGAGGUUUUUUGUUUAAUGCAUCUCUAGCGGAACAUGCAACUUUUGUCAAAAUAUCAAACUAAUAACAUGGUACAUGGAUAGCAGCAACACAGGGAUUGGAGAGACGGAACAAUGGAACUUAGGAGUGUAAUACACUGGAACCGCACUGGUCAGCUCCGACUAGACGGCACUAAAGAUAGUAAUACAAACCAAUAGCCCAUCGAAAUUGUAUGCCGCCGCGCUAUAUACAGACACGGGAAGUGUAAAAGAUAAACGUUUGCGGUUUUUUGGUAUUCUGUCUUCUGUGCGCCAACAAUAUGGCUCUUUAUCCGAAAUUCGGUAUCGUUUAUAGAAUGGAGCUGCUGCAAAAAGUGUAGCAGAAAUGCAAACAAUUUGCAAGCUACAUCUCAAUGUUUCCAAUUUAUUCCAGAGAUAUCUUCUGAUAAGGCAAAUCUCAAAGCAACGGAAGUUGAAUGGCGGAAAAAAGAUCGUUUGAAAUGGUCCUGGUAGUGAUUGAAUUGGAUUGGUGAUGUUGGCAAAGCGCGCUUCUUUGAGCAUGAGGAGACUGAAUAACACAUAGGACUGAUAGAAUUGAUGACCAGGUGCGGUGCAAAUCGGAUAAGAUCGGGAACUGCUAGAGCAUUCGUCAUAAGAAUACGCGGGUACUCUUUCGAGAACGUGAAGAUUAGGAAAAAUACGUUCCAGUGUUUCAAAACUUCAAAGAAUCAUAAUAUGGAAAGAAACGGUAACCGCCAAUCUGCGGUCUGCCAAAAUCUAGUAUUGUUUCCCCUUUCUCUUACUGCUCGCUUAAAGAAAUGCAUUCCUAGGUGAAUAGGUGAAAAAUAAACAUCAACAAUUUUCCAGAAAACAAUGUGGACAAUUUAUAAAGGAAAAGUACUCUAACCUUCUAUAUUUCGUACCCUUGCACUAAGACGCAAGGAUAGCAGAAUUAAAAACACGUAGAAACACCGUAGCUGGAAAAUACCACCCUCAACGGUACUGGUCCAGAACAUAGGCGUCCAUUGGAGAAUAGUCAAACGAGCGAUGGUGAGCCGCCGGUGCAGAGAACGGUGCGGCGUAAAUACUAACGAUUUUAUUAAAACCAACCGCACAAACCACUUACUUACAGAACCUUACUCUAGUGGAUCAAAAACGAAACACUAAAGGGGGAUAAAGUGCAAGAACGCGGUAAAGCUGAUGAAUGUUUUUAUCUCAUGCUAAAUACUUCGUAAAUAUAGAACCAAGAUCAUUACAAAGCUAUGCAAAUGGGGCCUAAUUCGACUUCGUGGAGUCGUCCCUCUGCGAUCCGAUCCAAUUGUUACCGAAGAAAGCCAAGGUACUUUUUUAAUUAUCCCGGUACCUUCCUCCAUCUUACGCCACGAUUGUAUGGUCCUACGCAAUCCACUUUAACGUCACUUUAUGUUACAAAACAAUCUCCAUCCCAAAAAUGUAACGGUUCGAGAAAUUCUGAAGGACAGCACUAUAACGGAAUGUUACAAGCCGAGGCUGCGUCGAAUGUUGAAACGAUAACAAAACUUUUGAACGUACGGCAGAAUAAAUAUUCCUAACUCUGUUUAGAUAUGCACGCUACUAGCACAAAAUAGUAAAAGCGUAUUAAGGAACAACGCAGAACCUAAACAAAACCAACUACGAAACAUCAAGACAAACAAACAUGUAUGGAAUGGUGGUGGAAAACCUACCUGUGCGUAAAAGUUCAAGUUAAUAGUCCUCGUACACGGGAGGAUAGGGUUCUGGGAGCACUGGUUAAACUUGCCACUAUCGAGGGGAUGCAUUUUGCAUCAACUAACUGAAUGUAACUCAAAGCCGUUCCCAGGAUGUGUUAAAACAUUUGGUACGCUUGUCAUCAGCUAUCAGACCACAGAGCAAACGGAAUGAAAUGUUUGUAAUGAAGACAUAAUCGAACCCCAAUAAUAAGCGAUAAAUAAUUUU